UGGGAGGGAUCGGACAGGUUUGGCGGGAAAGCCGGGUUUUCGCGCCACUAGUCGGAUCAGGGAGGCUGCAGAAGAACUUGUAGAUCGGCGUCGGCCAUUCAUCAGCGGGGAUUAUAGUACCAGACACCGGAGAUUGAGCCAUGGCCGGAGUGAUUGAGGCGGACGAGCAGGAGAUGCGGGAUGCCCAGCGCGAGUACCUAGAUUUCCUGGACGACGAGGAAGAUCAAGGUAUUUACCAGAGCAAAGUCCGAGACAUGAUCAGUGAUAAUAAUUGCCGGCUGAUUGUGAAUAUUAACGAUCUCCGGAGGAAGAAUGAGAAGCGCGCGCACCUGCUUAUGAACAGCGCCUUUGAGGGGCUGAUCGCUUUCCAGCGGGCGCUGAAGGAUUUCGUGGCGUCCAUCGAUGGUACCUAUGCUAAGCAGUAUGAAGACUUCCAUGUUGGCCUAGAGGGCAGUUUCGGCUCCAAACACGUCACCCCUCGUACGCUCACGUCCCGCUUCCUGGGCUGCGCUGUCUGCGUGGAGGGGAUCGUUACUAAAUGCUCCCUGGUUCGUCCUAAAGUGGUACGCAGCGUCCAUUACUGUCCGGCUACGAAGAAGACCAUUGAGCGCAAGUACUCAGAUAUGACCAGCCUUGAGGCCUUCCCGUCCAGUGCCAUCUAUCCCACUAAGGAUGAGGAUAAUAAUCCACUGGAGACAGAAUUUGGCCUCUCGCUGUAUAAAGACCAUCAGACAAUUACUAUUCAGGAGAUGCCAGAAAAAGCCCCCGCGGGUCAGCUGCCCCGAUCUGUAGAUAUCAUCUUAGAUGAUGACCUUGUUGACAAGGUGAAGCCUGGUGACCGUGUACAGGUCAUUGGCACCUACCGCUGUCUGCCAUCCAAGCAAAAUGGCUACACCUCUGCGUCAUUCAGGACCAUCCUGAUAGCCUGCCACGUGGUUCAAAUGAGCAAGGAAGUGUCUCCUGUCUUUUCGGCGGACGAUUUGUCCAAAAUAAAGAAGUUCAGUAAAAGCCAUUCCAAGGAUGUGUUUGAGCAGCUGUCCCGGUCUCUCGCACCCAGUAUUCAUGGCCACCACUACAUUAAGAAGGCAAUCCUGUGCAUGCUGCUGGGAGGUGUGGAGAAGGUGCUGGAUAAUGGGACCCACAUCAGAGGAGACAUAAACGUUCUCUUAAUAGGUGAUCCCUCCGUGGCAAAGUCUCAGCUACUAAGAUAUGUGCUCGGCACUGCUCCCCGUGCCAUCGCUACCACUGGCAGAGGGUCCUCGGGAGUGGGUUUAACUGCAGCUGUCACCACUGACCAAGAGACGGGGGAGAGAAGACUGGAGGCCGGGGCCAUGGUGUUGGCCGAUAGGGGUGUAGUCUGCAUCGAUGAGUUUGACAAAAUGUCCGACAUGGAUCGGACGGCCAUCCAUGAGGUCAUGGAGCAAGGUCGUGUCACCAUCGCCAAAGCUGGCAUUCAUGCUCGGCUAAAUGCCCGCUGCAGUGUGCUGGCAGCAGCUAACCCCGUCUAUGGAAGGUAUGACCAGUACAAGACCCCUAUGGAGAACAUUGGCCUUCAGGACUCCUUGCUGUCCCGUUUUGAUCUCCUCUUUAUUAUGCUGGAUCAGAUGGAUCCGGAGCAGGACCGUGAGAUCUCUGACCACGUCCUGCGCAUGCACCGGUACAGAGCCGCAGGGGAGCAGGAUGGGGAUGCUAUGCCCCUGGGCAGCACAGUGGACAUCCUUGCCACAGAGGACCCCAACGUCACUCAUGAGGAGCAGCAGGAGCUGCAGGUCUAUGAGAAGCACGACAGCCUCCUCCAUGGAGUGAAGAAGAGGCGGGGGGAGAAGCUCAUCAGCAUGGAGUUCAUGCGCAAGUACAUACACGUGGCCAAGCUCUUCAAGCCCGUUCUGACUUCGGAGGCCGCCGGUUACAUCGCAGAGGAGUAUUCCCGCCUGAGGAGCCAGGAGCAGAUGAGCACCGAUGUGGCUCGGACCUCUCCUGUCACUGCCCGUUCCCUGGAGACUCUGAUCCGCUUGUCCACUGCACACGCUAAAGUGCGGAUGAGCAAAACUGUCCAGCUGCAGGACGCCGAGGCUGCUGUGGAACUUGUCCAGUAUGCGUACUUCAAGAAGGUACUGGAGAAGGAUAAGAAGCGAAGGAAAGGCACGGAGGACUCAGAUACUGAGGAGGAGGAAGUGCUGACGCAGACUGACCGGCAAACCAGAAAGAAAAGGAAGACGACGGGUGCGGAUGGAGAGUCACAUGACCCCUACGCUUUCAGCGAUGCAGAAGAUGAGACCCCUGAUGUUCAGGCCCAUCCCCCGAAAACCCCAGAGCACGGAGACUCGCCUAAGAAAACAGGACUGUCUGGAGAGAGGCUGAAAGAUUUCAAGGCGGCUUUGCUAGAUGCCUUCAAGACGGCCCAUGCCCAGUCCGUCGCUAUGCCGGCCCUCAUGACCGCUAUAAACAAGAACAAUGAUGCUCCUUUCUCCCAGGGGGAGGUGGAUGCUGCUCUGGAACUCAUGGAGGAGGCGAACCAUAUCAUGGUUUCUGAAAACAUUGUGUUCUUGAUUUAAUAAUGGACAAUGGUUUUUGUUUUUUGGAAAGCGGAGUCUGAGGUCUGGUUAGUGACCUGCGUUGGCGCAUUUGCCUGGACUACAGCUGCUUUCACCUCCCUUCAGUGGGAUAAUGCUUUUAUGCAGCCAUGUGCUACGUUUCUACAAGCACCUUUAUACAGUAUAUAGGGUUUCGUGUCCGCCUGUGGUCACGUUCCACAAAUUCCAGUCAGCUUUGUUUUACCUUUAUUUUACAAAUUAGGGGAAGCCCGUUUUAUAUAGCGUCAGAUUGUUUUACUUUAUCUGGGGAACGCUUGGAAGAGGUUUUUAUUGGGCUUGUUUGGUAUAUUUUAAUACCCUUUAUAAGUCACUUUGUUGCAAUAUUGUAGUUGUAGUCUGUAUAGAAGUUUACCUUAUUCCAGGUAAGUAAUGUUUGCAAAUUUUUUUUUUUUCCUUUUGUAUAGUACAAACUUGUCACCUAGCUCCUCUUACACUGUGUAAUAUUGGCAAUAAAAUGUAAAACUUUA